GGUAUAACACUCUCCUCCAGGGAGCUUCAGGCUGCGCAGACAUUAUUGAUCUCCUGCCUGGCAGAUGUUGAACCUCUGAGUGUUUAAGCUAUUUAGCUCUGGACACUCAACCAGCCAAGGAAAAAAUAUGCUCUAGAGUCCCCAUUCUCACCACUUGGUUAGUCACAGGCUGUGACUUGACCCUACAGUCUCUGCCUUGUGACAGGCCUUUGUAAAUGCUGUUCCCAGCUUCUAGGGUCACAGGAGGUUCUGAUGUAGGAACAGGAAGCCCAGCGAAGAGAGAGGAAGGUGGCUGCUCUGUGGCUCUGUGAUUUUAGAGCCUUGUUUUGCCAGAAGAGCAAGGAGAGCAGACAGGCUUGUCUGAAAACCCUCCCUCUUCAAUAGCAUUUAAAGUAAUUUCUUUCUCUUCAGCCUCCCCACACUCCCAACUUUUGUCCUUGAGAAAAGGUAAAACAUUUCUGAAUCUUCAGUGGAACAGAAAUAAGCCGAGCCAGUGCUCGAUUGUCUCUAUAGCAAUCCACCCUUCCCUAACUGAGUAUGUGGUUUUCGUUCAUUUUCUUAUUAGUUCCUUUAUUUCCAUUCCACCACCCUAUAUUCUCUCUGGGCAGGUGGCUAAUAGGUCUGCUUAGGUUACAGGAUGGUUUUAAAUUUAGCCAGCUUUACCCCAACAUGUAGCCAACUGUUUGUAUGCCUUUCAAAGGUUUAGAAUGGAGCUCAGAUACCAGACUCCAAAGAUGCUGGCAGAGACAUUCUGACUCAUUAAGGGAGAGCUGAGUGAUAGCAGAGAGGGGUGACAUCAGCCUUGCAGACAUUGCCCUAAGGAAUUCCGAGCACUGUUGCUCACAGCACCGCCUGGCCAGAUGGAGACCACCAUGGGGUUCAUGGACGGCAAUGUCACCAACACCUCCAGCAGUUUCCUUUCUGCAUUUAACCCCCAUGGAGCCCACGCCGCUUCCUUUCCAUUCAACUUCAGCUAUGGCGACUAUGAUAUGCCUUUGGAUGAAGAUGAAGAUGUGACCAAUUCCCGAACAUUCUUUGCUGCUAAGAUUGUCAUUGGCAUGGCCCUGUUGGGCAUCAUGCUUGUCUGUGGCAUUGGCAACUUCAUCUUUAUUGCUGCCCUGGUCCGCUACAAGAAGCUGCGCAAUCUCACCAACCUGCUCAUCGCCAACCUGGCCAUCUCUGACUUCCUGGUGGCUAUUGUCUGCUGCCCCUUUGAGAUGGACUACUACGUGGUGCGCCAGCUCUCCUGGGAGCACGGCCACAUCCUGUGCACCUCUGUCAACUACCUGCGCACUGUCUCUCUCUACGUCUCCACCAAUGCCCUGCUGGCCAUCGCCAUUGACAGGUAUCUGGCUAUUGUCCACCCGCUGAGACCACGGAUGAAAUGCCAGACAGCCACUGGCCUGAUUGCCUUGGUGUGGACGGUGUCCAUCCUGAUCGCCAUUCCUUCCGCCUACUUCACCACCGAGACGGUCCUCGUCAUUGUCAAGAGCCAGGAAAAGAUCUUCUGCGGCCAGAUCUGGCCUGUGGACCAGCAGCUCUACUACAAGUCCUACUUCCUGUUUAUCUUCGGCGUGGAGUUCGUGGGCCCCGUGGUCACCAUGACCCUGUGCUAUGCCAGGAUCUCCCGGGAGCUCUGGUUCAAGGCGGUCCCUGGGUUCCAGACCGAGCAGAUCCGCAAGCGGCUACGCUGCCGCAGGAAGACGGUCCUGGUGCUCAUGUGCAUCCUCACCGCCUACGUGCUGUGCUGGGCACCCUUCUACGGCUUCACCAUCGUGCGCGACUUCUUCCCCACCGUGUUCGUGAAGGAGAAGCACUACCUCACCGCCUUCUACAUCGUCGAGUGCAUCGCCAUGAGCAACAGCAUGAUCAACACCCUGUGCUUCGUGACCGUCAAGAACAACACAGUCAAGUACUUCAAAAAGAUCCUGCGGCUCCACUGGAAGGCUUCUCACAACGGUAAGUCCAGCGCAGACCUGGACCUCAAGACAAUUGGGAUGCCUGCCACCGAAGAGGUGGACUGCAUCAGACUGAAAUAACCCCCUGGACUUGGCAAAGUUUAAACACAAGGCCGGGCCCUGGGGACACUGACCGGUGUGCUCGGAUGCACAUCAACCUGGAACUUUUUGUUUGCUGCAGAGGGCAGAGUAAAUGGACCACUCUGUGAACACUGUUCAAGGAGCUCAGAAUUUCUAAAAUGCAUGUGACCAGACACUAUCGCCAGAGGCAUUUGUUGAAUGUCUGAUUUAUACACCAGUAGGUACUGGUAAAACCUAUGUAUGUUGAUGACAUUUAGUUGGCAAAAUGAAAUUUAAAUUAAACCAAGGAAAAUGUGUGGUGUAGAUAGAAAUAAGGGAGUUUCCACAAAAGAACUGGAGUAGGUAUCUAGGAUUGCAGUACGUGUCUUUGUAGUGUGAGGGUGUCUCUGGGCCCUCCCGCUACUGAUCAGACACAGAUCUAGCUCACCUCUGGGAAUACUCUUCAGCUAGUGUUCAUGCCUAACAUUUGCAAGGCUGGAGCAAGAAUACAGAACAGACACGAGGCUCCUGAAGACCUUCUCCUCUUAUCUCUCAUGGCAAGGAGCCUUGCAUGCAUAUGCAUCGACAUCACAGUAUUCAUGGCCAAGUUCUGUGCAAACGCUUCCUCCCACCCUGCUCUAUGGCCACCCUCAGGCCCAGAGCUCUGCACAUAGGUGGUAAGGCUCUGCAUCAGAAGGACUGGCUUGGGGAAGAAGACACAUAGACCGUGGAUGCCGUUUGGACAGAGAAUUAUGGGGUUCUGGGUACCUGUACUAAGUCCAGAGGGGUUAGCCUGGAUUCAGGGUAGUCAUGUCCCCUGGCUCCAUGGACCUUUUGCUUUUGGUGGGGAGGGAGGUGCAGUUGGGGGAGAGUCAAAACAGGAAGACAAAACUGGAAGCAUGUGGGGCUCAACGCAGCUCAGGGCAGGGGUCAGGCUCUCCAGGUAUACGGAUGACACUGUUCCCACCUGUUAUUUCAGUUUGGAACAAUUAGGUUCCCCUAAGUCCUUCCCUUCCCUCUCAUGCCUCCAUGUUUGUGAAGCAUAGCAUCUUUGAAAUUGGUCACAAUACCUCCUGGAUGUGGCCUUCAUUCAUUUUUCCAUUUUCACCAGCCCUCAAAUGUAAGUGAUGAAGAGUUCCCUCCUAACCAGAGAGUGUGGUAAGGAAUCCUCAUCGAUGUGAUUCGAGGGCAAGAUAUCCUUGUUACUGGUGCCUGAACCCCAUCCUAGUCAUUGUUCCUUUGGAUUAAGAAUUGCUUUGCUUCUAAAACAGGGUUCCUCUUGGGAGGCAUAAGCCACACAUUUCUAGUCCUCAGUGUGAAUGAAGUCAUGUGGCAGGGGACGCAGGUCAGAUGUAUCUUCCAGAAGACUGUGGAAACCUGGGCACCCAAGAAGGAAGGGGACAUACAGAUGAAUAGUGUCAGACCAAGCAGUGAGCUUCAGCGACCCUACAGGCUUAUUGAAGGCUCAUCCCACUUUCUAAGCUGCCUCCCUUGUUUGAUGUUUUGAGUUUUGGAGUUUGGUAUUUUGGAAUUGGAAGAUCUGAGAGCCAGCCUUGACUCUGUCACCUGUGUAGCCCUGGGCAAAGCCUCUCUGAGGGGACAAAAGUAACACCUGUGAUUCCUUCCGACAGAGUGGCUGUGAGAAGCCAAUGAGACGAUUCCCGGAAGAUGCUUUCAACCACACAAGUUGCCAAAAGGAUGGACUAGGAACUGUGCGUAGUGUGCCUGGACAAGAAAAACCUCUUUCUUUGACUUGUGUAUCCAGAAACCUGGCUGUCUCCACUUUCAUUUUCCUUUGUGUGAAUUAUUCCUUGGUACUUCUUACAGCGCAGUAUGCAUUAUGUGCCUAAUAACAUGGUUGUUCAAACAAGGCCAUGAGAUUUGUUGGUAGAUGCAUGAAGGGAAGGGUGGCUGAGUCUUCGGUCAGAAGAUGAGUUUAGGGUUUUGGAAACUCCAGAAUUGGAGCAUCUUUGUGAUACUGGAAGUACUGAUCAUUUUCCCAUGCCUGUUCCCAGCCAGCAUGAAUCUGGGCAACGGGAUAGUUGUUUCUCAAUCUGUUUUUUUUUCUCACGAAUGUGCAAAGCUAUAGUGUGGACUUGUCUUUUUCUUAUUUAAUUUGAGAGCAGCACACUUACAAGGUUAUUUAAGUAGCCCCUGUGUGGCCUGUUCCCCUCCAAAUAUAGUCAAUGCCUUAUUUUUGGCAGCAAAAUUUACUUUGUAUAGUAACUUUGUUUCCCUGAAAGAGGCAUUUCAAAAACCUACUUAUUUCUUCCCAUUUAUCACCCAACAGACUUACCCUACAAUUUACUCAGAAUGCUCUUGGAGAAUAAAAUUAAUUAAAAUAUUAGCCUAAACCAAACAGGCAUUGGAAGGCCAUUUAAAUUUUUUUUAUGUAAAAUCAUAUAUUACGUUCUUAAAUCUGGAAGGUUAGCAUUUGGAUUAAAAAGUUAACAAUGAUAUAAUUUAUUGUCAUUAUGUUCACCCCUUUCAUUAAAAAUGCAAAACGAGUUGAUUGUAUUAAAUAGGAGCUCUUUAUAUUCGACAACCAACCCCCCUCUGCUUUUCAGCCUAAAGUGUAUCAGUUUUUCACUCAACUAUCUGUAAUACUUCCCGAUAUUAGUGUCUGCUUGUAAUUUUAUAGUGAAUGAGACUGUUGUGUUGUUACCAAGUGAAAUGAAAAUACCUGUAUAUGUAGAAAAUCAUGGAGUGCCAUGUCCUGUGAAUUCCACCUCUCCUGGUUUUUUUUCCUAGUUGUAGUGAGACGGUUCUUUGAGUGAACACUAAGUAGUUUCCAUGAUCAUGUGAUCUGUGAGAUCAGUGCUAACUCAUGCUGCUGCUGCCUGCAGACUUCCCCUCUCCAUCCAAAGAGAUUUAACUGAUUUAUAGAUCCUCUUCCUAGAAGUCUGCUCUGGUAAAACCAUUAAUACGUUUUAGCAUCUGAGCGCCAAGACUUGAAAUCUGAGGACCUGUUUAUGUCUAUUGCAUAAGCUAAGGCUAAACCUGAACAGGCUUAAUAUCCACAUUUGCAAAGUGAGUAAGAGACAAAUACCAUGCCAUGCUCAGAUUCAUCCAACUGGCUGCCCACUUGGUGGCUUCUCCAAAAACUGGUGGUAAGCCCCAGAAAAUGGCACUUGUGCCCAUGUGUAUAUAUUCUGUUCUCUAAAUACUUUCAGUAUGCAAACAGAUACACACAUUGUCUUUUACAGAAGGAUAAAGAUGUGAUUUUGUAAAAUCAGACUGUUUCCAUAACUAAAGUAUAAGGGCAGAUUUACAGUAAAGCUUUUGGAGAUUGUGCCUACUGACUACAAUUUUUGAAAUAAUUGGAAUGACACUAAACAAGGCAGUGUAGUGAUCACUCCAGCAAUUCCCGAAGCGUGAAAGAAGUUCCAUGCUUCUUAUGAAAAAGAAUGCCAAAGAAUUUGUGAGAUGACCAGAAAAUUAUAAAUGAGUUCUAUUCUUGAAAAAUAUGAUAUAUUUUGGAAUAUAUCCACAAACAAUGAGUCCAAUUCUCCUUCCUAGGGUCGAAGUGAGAAUAUCAAAUUCAAACCAUUCAUUUCACAGCUGAUGAAACUGAAGUCCAGAAUGGGGAAUAUAUUUGUUAACGGUCACACAUCUGGUCACUUUGAGAGCCAGCGUCAGACGCCAAGACUCCUAAACUCCAGGGCUUUUCUACCACAGCAUUCCUGGAUGCAGGGAACAUCAGAGUCUUAGAAAGGGCAGGAUCCUUGAGUCCUUGAGGUGACUGUUCAACCCCUGUCUGGCCUUCUCUAGAGACUCCUUACUUAAGAAGUUUAGCAGAGACAUUCCUGGUUCUUUUUGCAUGCCAAGUUUAGCUCAUUCUACCCCUGGGAACUCACAGCACAGGCAUGGAGGCCAGGAGAAUUUAAGGAAGAACUGCUAAAAAACGUUUAAAGAUGCUCUUUCUUUACCUUGCCUAAUUGGGCAUCCCUAGGAAUCUAAAAGGAAAAACACUAGGCCCCUGUUCAUGAGAACAGCUGACCUCCCCAGGAAAGCAGAGGAGAGAAAUAAAGAAGCCAUACUUGGCUGAAUGUCCAGAUGGGUGGGCAGACCCUCUGUGCUCAGAGUUUAGUCACAUCAAGGGCCACCUCCUGCCUCUGCUGGUGAGGACAAGAGCGGCGGGGAGGUUU